GAGAAUUCCGCCAUAUUGGCUGGAGAAGAAGGAAAACAUUGGAAAUUUAUCAAUUCAAUCUUUAAUCUUCAGGGCCAGAAAUCUGGCUUUAAGCGUAAUGCAUGCCUCUUUCAAGCCCCAACAAGAUUUCUUUAACUGAACAACCAAAAGUAGACGAAAUUAGAGAGAAUAAGCGCAAAAGAAACGACGAAAAUAAUCCCUCUCCUCCACUGAAAAGGGCACGAGAAUUGGACGACCCAGCAAACAUGACAGAUUCUCAAAGAAAGCCCAAUUUUUCGGCAUUGACCACACCAAACAAUGGCAUCACCCGACAUUCAUCACCUCUUUCCAACAAUAAACCCGGAGCAGCGAAAAAGUUGGUUAUCAAAAACUUCAAAGAAAAGCCAAAGAUGCCUGAGAAUUUCCAGCAAGAAACAUGGAGGAAACUUUGUGAAGCUGUGGAAGCCAUACAUAAAAGUUGUUCAAUUCGCUACAGUUUGGAAGAAUUAUAUCAAGCUGUAGAAAAUAUGUGUUCAUAUAAGAUGUCAGCAAAUUUAUAUGAGCAAUUGAAAUUAGUGUGUGAGGCUCACGUGAGAACCUGUCUCGAACAGUUUAAAGCUGAUAAUUCAGAUUAUGAGCAGUUCUUAAAGUUACUUGACUUCUGUUGGCAGGCUCAUUGUCGUCAAAUGAUAAUGAUAAGAAGUAUUUUUCUCUUUUUGGACAGAACGUUUGUACUUCAAAAUUCUACAAUAUUAUCUAUAUGGGAUAUGGGUUUAGAUUUAUUCCGUGCUAAUGUGAUAAGUGAUAAAGUUGUAGAAGUGAAGACAGUGGAUGGUUUACUGAGAUUAAUAGAACGAGAGAGAAAUGGUGAAGCCGUUAAUCGUCAAUUAUUAAAAAGUUUAUUACGCAUGUUAUCAGAUUUACAAAUUUACAAGGAAGCUUUUGAGAAGAAAUUUCUAGAAGCGACUGAUAGAUUGUAUGCAGCAGAAGGACAACAAUUAAUGCAAGAACGAGAUGUACCAGAAUACUUACAUCAUGUUGAUAAACGGUUAAAUGAAGAAACGGAACGUUUAUUACAUUAUCUUGAUCAAUCAACAAAAAAACCUCUGAUAGCCUGUGUAGAAAAACAGUUAAUAGAUCAACAUUUACCACAGAUUCUUAAUAAAGGAUUAGAUAAUAUGUUACAAGAAAAUAGAAUAGGUGAUUUGAUGUUGUUGUAUCAACUUUUCACUCGGGUAAAUCAUGGACAGAAAGAUUUGUGUUCUAUGUUUGCUGUUUAUAUUAAGAAAGCUGGUAGAAUGAUUGUGAUAAAUAAUGAAAAUGACCCAGAUAAAGAUAAAGAAAUGGUGCAGAAAUUAUUAGAUUUUAAAGAUAAAAUAGAUAAUAUUAUUGACGUGUGUUUUGGUAAAAGUGAAAAGUUUGUUAAUGCUAUGAAGGAAAGUUUUGAAAAUUUCAUUAAUCAAAGACAGAAUAAACCGGCUGAACUUAUUGCAAAAUAUGUUGACAGUAAAUUGAAAGCUGGCAAUAAGGAAGCCACAGAAGAAGAAUUAGAACAUUUGUUAGAUAAAAUAAUGGUUCUAUUCAGAUUUAUACAUGGUAAAGAUGUAUUUGAAGCUUUCUAUAAGAAAGAUCUUGCCAAAAGAUUAUUGAUGAGUAAAAGUGCUUCGGUUGAUGCUGAGAAAUCUAUGUUGUCUAAAUUAAAGCAAGAAUGUGGUGCAGCAUUUACUAGUAAAUUAGAAGGAAUGUUUAAAGACAUGGAUUUGUCUAAAGACCUUUCUUUAGCAUUGAAACCUUAUAUGCAGAAUUUAGAUGUAGCAGGUUUAAUAGAUUUAACUGUAAAUAUAUUAACUAUGGGUUAUUGGCCGACCUAUACACCAAUGGAAGUUCAUCUACCACCAGAAAUGAUAAGAUAUCAGGAAAUAUUUAAGAAGUUUUACUUGGGUAAACAUAGUGGACGCAAACUUCAAUGGCAACCUUCUUUAGGACAUUGUGUACUAAAGGCUCAAUUUCCUUCCGCAAAUAAAGAAUUACAGGUAUCAUUGUUCCAAUCUUUAUGUCUCUUAUUGUUUAAUACUGGUAAUGUUCUCACAUAUGAAGAAAUUUUAACUGCAACAGCAAUAGAGGAGAGUGAAUUGAAGAGAACGUUGCAAUCAUUAGCUUGUGGUAAACCUACUCUACGUGUCCUCAGUAAAAAGCCAAAGGGGCGAGAUAUAGAAGAUGGAGAUAAAUUUUAUUUUAAUGAAGAAUUUAAACAUCCUCUGUUCCGCAUACGAAUUAAUCAGGUUCAAAUGAAAGAAACGCCUGAAGAAAAUACAAGUACAACUGAAAGAGUAUUUCAUGAUCGCCAAUAUCAAGUAGAUGCUGCAAUUGUUCGUAUUAUGAAAACUAGAAAAACCCUCAGUCACAAUUUGCUUAUAUCCGAGUUAUUUAAUCAGUUGAAAUUUCCAGUCAAGCCUACAGAUCUAAAGAAACGAAUAGAAAGUUUGAUAGACCGAGAUUAUAUGGAGCGUGAUAAAGAUAAUCCCAAUAACUACCACUAUGUAGCCUAAUCCUUCUAAAAUUGUGAUAUUUUAAUAUUAUGGUGUUAAUAAAAGACAGCUGUUAUUCUUGUUUGACGAAAUCAGUACAAACUCCAAGAAUGGAUGAAUGAAAUCACAUUUUCAGCUCUGAAGGAGAUAAAAGUUUCUGGAUUUUUUUCUCGUGUGACAUACAAAAAACUAUGAGGUGUUGCAAUGGAUCAUUGUAAACAUUUGUGAAUAGUAUAAAUAUUGCUGUGCAAAAAGGUAAAAAAAUAUGAAAUAUUGUAAAUAGAAGAAAUUUAUUUUAGGUUCUGUUUUCUUCCAUUUUACAUGUUUAUGUUGGAUAUUGUCAAGAGUUUUGGGACUUGAUGUUUGAUUAGUAUAGUCACUGACUCAGCUAGAGAAUUCUUGUUUAAAGUCAGUUACUUAGUGGGAAGAAUUCUUGUUUGGAGUUAGUCACUUAGUGGAUAUAAUACAUUCUCCUAUAGCUAACAAUUUUAAAGAGCAUCAAAUUUCUAUAUAAAAAUAUUGGACAUUGGCUGUAAACAAUCUACAGUGUUGUAUUGGUAUUCUGAAUUUGGUUUGUAAAGAUGGUUAAUCAGUAUGAAAAACAACUGUGAAAUACAUGUUAUCAAUUCAAAAUUUAUGAAUUAAGCCAAAAUGGAUGGAAAUAUUUUUUAUAUGAACACGAAAUUGCCAUAAAAUUUCUAUUUUUCCUUCAGUACUUAUUUUUAUUUUGUUUGAAGAUUAAUCCUUUAGAAUAGUAAUUAAAAGAUAUUAAUUUAUAAACAGAGAAACUCGACAAGUUAUAUUAAACUUUUGUAUAUGUAUAAAUAUAUUAUAUAUUCAUAUCAACAAACUCAAAUGUAUAGAAUACAUAAAUAUUCUAAUAUCCAAGUUAAAGGGGAAAUCAAUAUUUUUAGGAAUUUUGUAACCAACCUUGCCAUUGUUAAUGUUUAAAAAAGACAAUGUUGAAAAGAAAUAUUAUUUGAAGACAAAACUCAGGUUCCUGUGUUUGAUUGAAUGGCAGUAAGAUAGGUCUGGCAGUAUUUUGUGCAGUGUGGAACUGGAAAUGGUAUGACAUAUUUAUUAAUUUAAAAAAGGGUUGUUUCCCCCUUUAAUAUGUGAAAUAUUUAGGUAGAUGUGUAAAUGUGUUGUUUUUUUUUUGUAUAUAGUAUAUAUAUCUGAAGUGCUUUGUAAUUAAUGAAACCCCCCUCAUGGAAUAGUGCAUUUUCCCUUCUUUAUUAUAAGUUUUGUUCAUUUCUAUUUUUAUGAGUUGUUCACACAUAUUUAACAAUCCUAUAAUUCUGAUUGCUAGUGUUACAUGUUAGUUACAGACUAUUCAGAAUGCUAAUUUAUAGGGCCAUAUAUACGUGUACCAAAUUGUGAAGACAAGAGUUAGGAGAGAUUUUAAUUUAUACUUGUAUUUGGAGGUGGUACAUGAACAAUCUCACACAUAAUCAUCCUUUCAAUGGAUAUACAUGCUAACUUUAUUGGCUGACACUCUGGGAAUGGUUUGAUUUUGGUGACCGGUCAAGAUGUCAAGACUAGCUUUGCUUUUAAUUGAAGUGGCUGUGUUCCUGAAGAGCUUGACUUUAGAAAGUGCAUCUUCAUUAUUAGGUGCAAAAGUGAGUUGCAGUUGAUUUAUCCAAUGAAUAUAUAAUUAUUGUUCAUUUUGUGCUCACCAAAUCAUGGGUGCAACCCCCCCCCCCCCCCAAAAAAAAAACAGACAAUAAACCCAGCUAGAUAAUUUACAAUCUAAAAAUAGGCAAAUGUUUGUUUCUUUCUUUUACACCGGUUCGAUGUAUGUCAAAUUGGGAGUCUCAGUUGUCACCAAUGUAGGUCAGUACAGUGCAUAGACAUAGAAUUUUAUAUACUUCUCUAGGUUUAUUUAUUGGCGCCAAUAAUUAGAAUAUAUACUAUACUAUCUUUUUUAUUUUGGUAUUUUCACCUAUUGGACUUUAGUUUGAAAGAAUAAUUAUUUUCCAAUGUUAUGUAUGGCCAUUUUGGGAAUCUGAAUGGUACAUACCGUAGUUGUAGAAUGAACUACACUGUAAUAUUUUAAUUUUCCCUGUAAAUUCAUGUGCUCACGCCUACCUUUGAUAACCUUUACUACAGUCAGAGAUAGUGAAGUACUCUUUGCAAAUAUAUUUGGAUAAAAAAGUCUUGGUUUUUAUGACAAACCUGUUUUUUUUUUAAAAAAAAUUAUUGACAUCCAGGAACAACAAACCAUAAUAUCAGGUUAUUUCCACAGGAUUUGAAUGAGAGUUUUCUAAUACAAAGACUGUUAUCGUGAAUACAAUCCAUUAUGUUUGUGUAUGUAUAGAUGUUUGUGGAAAUGUUUGAUAUAAAAGCUUCCCUCACUGAUUUAAGAUUUUGAAAUGUAAUUAUUGAAUACCAGUAUGAGCAAUAUUCAAUCAUAAUCUAGUUUUCUGGUAGUUAAUAAUUAUUAUACUUUGAAUCAGUCAGUGAUAAGUUCAUGUUCAAUUUAUUUCUCUCUUCUUCAUAUAUAUUUGAAUUGAACAAAACGAAUAAAGAAAUGAAAUUUUA